AUGGUAAUAACUAGCCUCUUCCGAGCAGCUUCCCUGCCGGAGAAUGAACCGACAUACUUCGGUAUCAGGCUUGACAGCGAUAUAUUAUGGAUUCCUGGAGACUCAACAGUAACAGGAUAUUGCCAUGUUACAGGAAAGGUUGUGUUAUGCCUCAACCAACCCCUCCGUGUUAAGGACAUGAAGCUGCACUUUGAGGGACGGCGUUACAUGAAUUGGAAGGGCUUUCCAGAGUCCCAGAGAUCUCACCAGCACAUGUCAUUUUUGGAGCGACUAUUCAUGUAUCAAACCUGGAACUUUCUACCUUCUCUAGGGACCCCAUCACCGACGACUACUUUAACACCUGGAAAUCACGAGUUCCCAUUUACCUUCUGCCUAUCCAACAACACGCCAGAUACUAUUGAAGGCCUCGACGACUGUUAUGUUAAAUAUCAGUUGAAAGCCACUAUCGGCACAGCUGGGGGACGUCGUAUCGAAGCUGACACCCGGGUGAGGGUACGUCGGAUGUACAGAUCAUUAUUGCUACCAGAGCCGAAGGUGGUGCAAGAUAUAUGGCCACAGAAGAUAAUCUAUCGCGUUUCAUUGCCAUCUCAGGCCUAUACCUUUGGCAGUGCUAUCCCCAUCAAGUUCGAAUUUAUUCCUUUAUGCAAAGGGCUCGAGAUAGCAACCAUCCACACCGAGGUUAAAGAGACACACAAAGUCUUGCAGUUUACUCUCAGCCGUCGGGCCCGUGUCAUCGCCGAGGACGACUUUUAUCCCAGAGAUUGGAAUGAAGAUGAAUUCAGAAUAACAUCCGAUAAUGAAGGAUGCUGGCAUUCUUUAACCCGCUUCCUUCGCCUGCCGAACGAUCCAAAGGAAUGCCUACAAAGCCUUUCUACUAAUUUUCUUCAUGUCGAACACACUCUCACCACGCAAAUCAAGCUUUUAAAUCCCGAUGGUCACCACUCAGCCGUAUGCUUUCCAGGUCCACUGUUUGUUCCGCCUUACUGA